CUGGAAGCCCUUUUGAAGGACGCUUCACUUCAAUCCACAGCUUCUCCAUCAUCCAAAGUAUUUGGCUUUAGGUAUCAGGCUCCAGCCAUCAAAGCACAAUGGCCUCGCAACUUCUUCCUCUAGAGCUUAUCGACAAGUGUGUCGGUUCCAGAAUCUGGGUCAUCAUGAAGGGGGAUAAAGAAUUUUCCGGGACGUUACUCGGCUUCGAUGAUUAUGUCAAUAUGGUGUUGGAAGAUGUGACCGAAUUUGACUACACGGGAUCCCAAGUGAAGCUCAAAAAAAUAUUGCUUAACGGGAAUAACAUCUGCAUGUUGAUCCCCGGAGGAGAGGGACCCGUUGGGGCCGCUUAAAGAUCAUGAUACCCUACGUUCUUUCCUCCUAGUUUCUGACGAGAAUGAUAUGGACAUCAGUUGCACGAACUCUGCUUUGAAUCUAAAACAGUGGAUUAUCGAUCAGUUUCCCUCGACAAGUAGUAUUUUUGGGACAUAGAUACCUGGGCUAGAAGCUGGCCAUUUCUUAUGUACAGGUCACCUCGUUUUGGACUGGGAAUGGAAAUCCGUCAUACUCCGCUCCCAGCGCUGCCAGAGACUGAACCCCCCAGUCAUACGACGUCCAAGGGUGCGCAAUUAAUUUAAGGUUGUGCUUGGUGGUGAGCCUGGAAGACCAAGUGUUCAACAUCGAUGGCCCUUGGUGUUGCCGGCCAGAAGGAGCCAGUCCGUCUAUAGAAGCCCGUAUUCCCACUUAUCAGCCAAUGUACAGCACAUGUGUUAGCCUUCCAUGUCUGAAUAUGAUUAUCUAACCUACCAGGCUUUUAGGUAAUAUGUAUUUGCUAUUCCCCACACCCGACUAUGACAGAUGUGGGGUGCGGGGAUGAUAAUAUUGUUAAAUUAUUCCCG